AUAACUGAUUUUUAAUUCAAAUUGCAUAAGAUAUUAGAUGAUCGAUGCCUCAUCAGAUACUAUUGAUAGAAACAGUCAGUGUUUCUAAGAGCCCUGCCAAUUGUCAUUCUUCAUCCCCAAAGGCCAAAGCACCAAUGGUGUGUGUUUUAGAAUAUUUAUUUAUCUAAACUUCUUUCUUUCCAUCCCUCAGUUCCCCCACUGCUUCAACCUUCAGUCUCCUCCACAACAGACAGGGAAUCUCUUUGUAGGUCAGAGAAGGUCUGAUAUUUUUAGGUUAUUUUCCACCUCAGGACUUUCUGCCAUCUACCAACCAACAAACAAAAUACUAAAAACAUUUCCAACAAACGUAGGUGUUCCCUUCAGGAUGUGACGGAUAAGGCCUUAAUGUGUAUGUACUCAAGUUGUUGGGUCUGGUAAGGCUAUUCUCGUUUGUUCAUCUCAGUUAAAAAGCAGAACUUGUUUGAGGACCAACAAAGCGAAAACUCGUCUCUGGUGAGUGGUGACAGACGGCCAGAGGCCACGCAAGAGUUUGUUCAGGGUUGCAGAGAUUAAGGAGAACGUAAUGGCGAGCGGAAUUUAGGCACAAUCAUAAGGGAGGAUCAUUGGGUUGGAUAAGCUUCUAAUACAAAUGAUCCAGGAAAAUAUUCUCUCACUACCUCUGUCAGAGAUCCACUACCUGGGCCAGCUCCAUAAGGACAGCAUGUUUCGUGUGGCCCUGGACCAGAUCCAGUUCUCCAGGAUGGAGCAGCACUUUGACACACUGAUCCUAGGUCAGAGUGAAGGUGGGCAUUGCUUCACGGCGGUGGCUCUGGUGUGGGACGUAGACCCCCCUCCGCCCGCAGAUCCCUUUGCUUUGGUGGCGUCCCUGGUGCUUGGACCUUCAAUGGAGGAACCGGGCCGCAGAUCAUCGCCGGAGGAACCAGACCACCGACCAUCCAGACCGGGGACCGUCGCUGGAGGCUCCGGACCGGGGACCGUCGCUGGAGGUUCCGGACCGUGGAUGGUCGCUGCAGGUUCCGGACCGUGGAUCGUCGCUGCAGGCUCCGGACCGUGGAUCGUCGCUGCAGGCUUCGUGCCGUGGAUCGUCGCUGGAGGCUUCGUGCCGUGGAUCGUCGCUGGAGGCUUCGUGCCGUGGAUCGUCGCUGGAGGCUUCGUGCCGUGGAUCGUCGCUGGAGGCUUCGUGCCGUGGAUCGUCGCUGGAGGCUUCGUGCCGUGGAUCGUCGCUGGAGGCUUCGUGCCGUGGAUCGUCGCUGGAGGCUUCGUGCCGCGGAUCGUCGCUGGAGGCUUCGUGCCGCGGAUCGUCGCUGGAGGCUUCGUGCCGCGGAUCGUCACUGGAGGCUUCGUGCCGUGGAUAAUCACUGGAGGCUUCGUGCCAUGGAUAAUCACUGGAGGCUUCGUGCCAUGGAUCAUCACUGGAGGCUUCGGGGCAUGGAUCAUCACUGGAGGCUUCGUGACAUGGAUCAUCACUGGAGGCUUCAGGCCAUGGAUUAUCACCGGAGGCUUCGUGCCAUGGAUCAUCACUGGAGGCGUCGGGCCAUGGAUCAUCACUGGGGGCUUUGAACGUGGAGCCGGAACAGAUCUCACCAGACUGAGGAGACAUACUGGCAGCCUAGUGAGUGGAGCUGCCACAACACAUCCUGGCUGGAUACCCACUCUAGCUCGGUGAGUGUGGAGAGCUGGCACAGGACGCACUGGGCUAUGACGGCGCACUGGAGGCAUAGUGCGUAGAGCCGGCGCAGGACACACUGGACCGGGGAGGCGCACCGGAGGUCUGAAGCGCAGAGCUGGCAUAACUCAUCCUGGCUGGAUACCCCCCUUAGCCCGGCAAGUGCGGGGAGCUGGAACAGGCAGCACUGGGCUUUGCUGGCGAACCGGGGACUCCUUGAGUAGAGCUGGUGCAGGAUAACCUGGGCCGAAGAGAUGCACCGGAGGCCAGGAACGCUGAGCCAGCCAGGACGGAUCCUGGCUGAAUGCCCACUUUAGCACAGCCACUGCGGGGAGCUUGCACAAAGCGCACCGGGCUGUGGCUGAGCACCGAAGGCAUGGUGCUCAGAACGGGAUAACACUGUGCUUGACCAGUCAUUCUCUCCCCACGGUAAGCACGGGGAGUUGGCUCAGGUCAACAACCUGACUCCUCCAAUCUCCCUGUGUGCCCCUCACCAAACAUUUUUUGGGGGCUGCAUCUCGUGCUUGCUUCAUUGCCGGACUCCCUCGCUGCUUCCACCUGUUCCCAUGGGAGGCGAUCCCUUCCGGCCAGGAUCUCCUCCCACGUCCAGGAUCCUUUGCCGUCAAGGACGUUCUCAAAUGUCCAGUCCUCCUAACCACACUGCUUGGUCCGUUUGUGGUGGGAUCUUCUCUAACGUCCGUUGUUAGAAGGAGACCAACGUGCAGCGUGGUAAGUGUUCAUGAUUCUUUAUUUACCCAGAACACCAAACAAAACAACAAAAGAAUAUCGAACGUCACGUUCUGCAGGCUUCACAGAGCUAACAAAAGAACCCGCCAUCCAGGUAGCUGCCUCAACCCACACAUGCACCAAUAAUAAAUCAAUCACAUCCAAUGUGUGACAUGCUUCGUAAACAACAAGGGCAGACUAACAGUGAAAUGCUUCCUAUAUAGAAUAUAACACUGUAUUUGAAUUCAUAAAGCACAGUAAAUCAAAUUUAAAAAAUUGAGAUGAUCAGUGAUGAUCCUUCAAUGCUGCCGAAGGUCUAUUUUCAUACAAGAAAAGGGCGGAGAGUUUGAGAUAUUAAGGAUGAAAAGCCGUUUUUAUAGUUCAAAUGAUUGUGUUCUAAGAAUCUCUCUCCACCUCCCAACAGGGAAGUCCUUUAUGACUCUGUUGACCAUGGCCAAGUUUGAGUGGUUUGAGGACUGGAAAGAUGCCAAGCUAAACAAGAGAGGGUUCGAUUACGAAGAGCUGAAGAUGAGCAUGGCCAAGGAGCUCCGAGAUUGGGCACUGGUUGUCUUCCCUCAGCUCAGGGAUAAGGUGGUGUAUUUGGAUGGAGGCUUCCACACCCCUGACCAACAUGCACUACCUGGGCGCCCCACGUGGGGAGAUGCAUGUGGCUGAACACAACAUGGACUGCUACAGCCGGGAGACGGUGGCCAGAACCCGGCCCCCCACGCCCAUCAAGGGAUUCUA